GAGAAAAAUGUCUGCGGUGCUCUUUCUAAGCCUUCUUUCAUCACUCUCCUUCCAGUUUUGCUCUUGUGCUUCCCCAUGGCAGGCUAUGACCACCGGCUCAUCCAUGACACCACAAGAUCAUGAUAGAAUCUUUCUUCUCUCACCAGAUACCACCUUCUCUUGUGGCUUCCAUCAAGUUGGAACAAAUGCUUUCACUUUCGCCAUCUGGUACACCACCGUGAAAACGGUUGUCUGGACGGCGAAUCCCUUCUCCACGGUGAAUGGCUACAGUUCCCCGGUGAACCUUUACGGCUCCAGGAUAUCGCUGAACAAGGAUGGAAACCUGGUCCUGGCAGAUACAAAUGGCUCAACGGUAUGGGAAAGCAAGACAUCUUCAGGCAAGAACACAAUUGUUUCCCUCCUCGACACGGGCAACCUUGUGAUCAUUGAUUCUGGCAACAAAACUGUGUGGCAGAGCUUUGACUCACCAACAGACACCCUGCUCCCUAGGCAGAACCUGAAGAAAGACACAAGGUUAGUUUCUGGUUACCGUUACCUCUAUUUUGACAGCUACAAUAUCUUGCGCCUAUUGUAUGAUGGCCCGGAGAUUACAAGCAUCUACUGGCCAAGCCAAUAUGCCAGUACACCACUAGCUGACGGGCGCAAUAGAUAUAACAACACCAGGGUAGCAUUUCUUGAUGAGGAGGGUAAUUUUGUGUCAAGUGAUGGGUUUAAGAUAGUGGCUUCAGAUUCAGGCCUCGGGGUCAAGAGGAGGAUUACAAUUGAUAAGGAUGGCAAUUUCAGAAUUUACAGCCUGGAUGCAUCAACAGGGAGCUGGGUGGUUACAGGGCAGGCUGUAAUACAGAUGUGCUAUGUGCACGGAUUAUGCGGUAAGAAUGGUCUUUGUGACUACUCAAAAGGCCUUAAAUGUAGAUGUCCUCCAGAACAUGUAAUGGUUGAUCCAACAGAUUGGAACAAGGGAUGCAAACCGACAUUCACAAUUAGUAGCAAGCAACCACCUGAGGACUUCACAUUUGUAAAGCAACCUCAUGCAGACUUCUUUGGCUUUGAUCUGAGGUCUAAGCAAUACCUGUCAUUAGAAGAAUGUUGGGACAUAUGCCUGAACGAUAGCUUAUGUAUAUCUUUCACGUACCAGGGUGGGGCUGGUUGGUGUUACAUGAAAUACUUAAACUACAAUGGUCAGCAAUACCCAUAUUUUCUUGGAGAUAACUACAUUAAAGUAUCAAAGAGUUUCAACAGUUCAGCAUCCUCAAUCUCCAAACAAGAAAGCCUAACAUGCAGACCCAAUGGUUCUGAGAUCAUGCUAGGAUCAGAAAAUAUGUAUGGAAUAAAGAAGGACACCAUAAAGUGGAUAUACUUCUAUGUAUUUGCUGCAAUAUUAGGAGCUCUGGAGUUGCUUGUUAUUGUGACAGGGUGGUGUCUUUUUUUCAAAAACAGUAACAUGCCCAAGUCAAUGGUGGAUGGAUACAAGAUGAUAGCAAACCAGUUCAGGCGGUUUACAUACAAAGAAUUGAGGGAAGCAACUGGAAAGUUCAAAGAAGAGAUAGGGCGAGGGGGUGCUGGAAUUGUUUAUAGAGGAGUACUUGAGGAUAAAAGAAUAGUGGCAGUAAAGAAACUUGCAAAUGUUCAACAGGGGGAAGAGGAAUUCUGGGCAGAAGUGACUCUAAUUGGAAGGAUCAAUCACAUAAAUUUGGUCAGGAUGAUGGGAUUUUGCUCAGAAGGGAAAAAUAGGCUAUUGGUAUAUGAGUAUGUGGAGAAUGAGUCACUGGACAAGUACCUCUUUGGUGAGAGUACUGAAAGUUUGCUCGGCUGGAGCCAAAGAUACAAGAUUGCCUUGGGCACAGCAAGGGGUCUUGCUUAUCUUCAUCAUGAAUGCCUUGAGUGGAUUGUGCAUUGUGACGUGAAGCCAGAGAACAUACUCCUAACUCGAGAUUUCGAUGCCAAAAUAGCAGACUUUGGACUAGCCAAGCUUGCAAAGCGAGACAGUGCUAGCUUCAAUUUCACCCACAUGAGAGGCACAAUGGGCUACAUGGCACCAGAAUGGGCGCUGAAUAUGCCGAUCAAUGCGAAGGUUGAUGUUUACAGCUACGGUGUUGUACUUCUGGAGAUUGUGAUUGGAACUAGGGUCUCAAGUGGCGUAAUUGUUGAUCAAACACGAGUUGAGUUUACAGACAUUAUCCAGGAGGCCAAACAUAUGCUAGCUACCGAGUGUAUCACUGAUCUAGUGGACGCCAAACUGAAGGGGUGUUUUGAUCCAGAGCAGGCUACUGCAAUGGUGAGAAUAGCUGUUUCAUGCCUUGGAGACAGAAGCAAGAGGCCGACAAUGGAUGAAAUUCUGAAGGCUCUUAUGGCAUAUGAUGAUGAAGAUGGCCAUCCUGCCUAUUCAUAAUGAGUAUUGACAUGAAGAUGAAGGGAUGCAAAGAUUGGGAUAUGCACAAUGUUUCUAAAGUGUAUUGACAUUAUGUGCCAAUAGGCAUAAGUACACAAGUAUGAAAGAGCAAACUGCUGUGCGCAUUCGCUAGAACCUAUUGUAAUAUGUGCCACAUUUUGUGUUCUAAUUGUAACCGAUGAACAAUAUGAUGGGCUGGUAUUUCCUUGCAUAUCGGCAUCAAGUGUUAUGAUAACAGCAAUGUUAUAGGUCU